ACACUGUUUACUACUGCUGUCUGCUACCUGCAAGUAAAUGUCAGAGUUCCGAUUACGUAUUUUGUAAUAUUUUGUUGUGUGAUUGUUUAUUGUAUUACUUAAUACUUAUUUUUUUUUGUGUUUUUGGGGAUAAAAUAUGCAGCAUGUUUUAAUUCAAAUAGUUAAUAUUUCAAUUAUAAGUUUAUUUACUGUACCUGUAAUGUACGUACGACAGAAAACUUCAUGAUGGAAAACAUAACCGAAAAAUUAUUUCAAUAUUUUGGACAUCGCAAGUUUAAGAGUGAUCUUCAGGAACAAGCUAUUAGAGCAAUUUCUAGAAGAAUCCAUGAUGUAUUUGUAUCAAUGCCCACUGGGUCGGGGAAAUCCCUAUGCUUUCAAUUACCAGCAAUGUUGCAGGAUAACAAGGUGGCUAUUGUAUUCUCACCAUUACUUGCACUCAUAAAAGAUCAGAUAGAUCAUUUAACCAAACUUAAAAUCAAUGCUGAGUCAAUAAACUCUAAAAUGACAACUAAAGACAGAGAGAGAGUUUUAAAUGAUUUGAGAAGCAUGAAACCAAAUACAAAAUUUUUGUAUGUCACACCAGAGCAAGCUGCAACAGGAACUUUCAAGUCUCUUAUAGAACAUCUAGUCAAGUAUAAAAAAGUUUCCUAUAUUGUUGUUGAUGAGGCGCAUUGCGUUAGUGAGUGGGGUCAUGACUUUCGUCCAGAUUAUAUUAAACUGGGUGAUUUAAGAGAAAAAUACAAAAUGAUUCCUUGGGUAGCCCUUACUGCAACAGCUAGUGUGGAAGUAGUAAAAGACAUAUUAGAAAACCUUAAAUUGUUGAAACCAGUGGCACAAUAUAAAACGCCAAGUUUUAGAAAAAACUUAUUUUAUGAUGUCAUUUACCAAAAUGUUGUAGAAGACGAAAUAGGUCACCUUUAUGAAUUUCUUAAGAAAAGUUUAAAGGAAGAUGAAAAUGUUAAGCCCAAAGACAAAAAUGCUGUUAUUGUUUAUUGUCGCACAAGAGAUCAGACAGAGCAUUUGGCUAAUGUCCUCACAAAGAGGGGGUUGAAAUCAGCUGCUUAUCAUGGAGGUUUGAAGACAUCAGAACGUAUAUCGGUGCAGGAGGGUUGGUCGCGGGGUGAGUACCCAUGCGUGUGCGCAACAAUAUCGUUCGGAAUGGGAGUGGACAAGGCGAGCGUGCGCGCCGUCGCUCAUUGGGGCAUCGCACAAAACGUCGCUGCUUACUAUCAGGAAUCUGGUAGAGCGGGGCGAGACGGUAAGCUGGCGUUUUGUCGCAUCUACUACUGCCAUAGUGAAAGAAAUGCGGUUGACUUUCUUUUGAAAACUGAAAUAGCGAGAUCACGCACGCCUGAGCAAAAACAACGGUGUAAAAAUGCAUACAAAAGCUUUGAAAUAAUGGUGAAAUACUGCGAAGAUGUGAAAUGUCGCCACCGCACGUUCGCGACGUACUUCGGCGAGGAGCCGCCGGUGUGCGCGCGGCGCUGCGACGCGUGCGCCGACGAGCGCGCCGCGCGCCGCGCGCUGGAGCAGCACCUGCGCCGCGCCUCCGCGCCGCACGCACACGUCGCGCAGCCCGCCACGCCCGCCGACUACGCCGACCUCUACGGCGAGGGCCGAUACGGACAGAUAAGGGAUACAGAAUCAUAUUAUGGUGGCGACAGCAGUGGUUCGGAUGGCGAAAAUAAUAAAUGUCGUGUCGCAGAAGAGACCAAAUCACUUAUCAUGAAAGAGUUUGCAAAUAGGAAGAAAAGCAUUGAAGGCAAAAGGCAUCACCAAGUCGACGCAGAGUCAGCCAAGCAUUCGAAAUGCAAAGCAGCUGACUGCACUGGAAACAAGGUGAACGGAUUGACAGUGCCCAUCCGGGAAAGUUAUCUGUCGUUAUUAACAACCGCCCUUAAAGAAAACCUUGCAAAUACGAAAGACGUGGACAAGACAAUAAAACCGCUAUCAAACUACGAUGUCGAACAAUGUGCUAUAGGCAUAGAAUAUGAAGCAUUUUCCAAUAGCACUGUUGUUAGCUUAUACAGGCGAGCGUUGUCACGAUUGAUAACAACAAUAAAAGCUUGCAACGAUACCAUUUGCUCGCAACUUAAAUCAUUCGAACCUAAAAAACGCGGUACGCUUGGCGAAUUCAUUAAAGAAUAUGAAGGUAAUAAACAACAAGUAGGAUUUGUAAAAGCAUCGGAAAUGGAUGUUGGAAAUGUUGAUCAUUCACGGGACACCAAACAACUGUCUAAAGCAGAUAAGGAAACAAAACGAAAAGCUAAUUCAUUUAAGCGAGACCCGUUAACGCAGACUAAACUUCAGGGAUUUUUCAACAAAGCUUCACAUGAACUCAAAAAUAAUUCCAAUGAAAGUGACAAUGAUGACACGCUGAUAUUUAAGGAGAUGAAUUCUAAUGACAGCACACUUAAAUUAUAUGAUAAUGUUAGUUCACAAAAGAAUGUUGGUGAAAACAACUUAAUAUACAACAUAAGUAAUGAUAAAGAGGCUAACAUAUCAGGUAACAGUAAAUCGGAUGACGAACCCAAGACGUUAGUUAUAAAUAUAACUCUUCAAGGGGUGUCAAGUACGAAGAAAGAAGAUAAAGUAACAGUGGCUACUGACACUAAAACAAAUCCUGUUAAAACAGUCGAAGAUAAUUUGAAAUCACCUGAAAAACCAAAGUCAACCUCAAAAAAGAAGCUUAAAGCUUUAUUUGGAGAGUCAUCGGAUAGUGACAAUGAUUGCAAAAAAUCAAAGGAAUCGAAAAAAAGUAACAGCAAAAAACAUAAGCAUAAAAAGAGAGAGACAACAGAUUGCAUGGAUCGAAAGCAUGGUAGUAAGGAAAUUAAAAAAGAAACAUCGAAAAGUCCUAGGCUAAAACCAGUAACAGCACACUCUAUCCAAUUGUUAGACAGUGAUUCAGACAGGGAAUUAGUGAUUGAUGAAAAAUUUGAAUCUUCUGAAAAAGAUAAAAUACCCAAAACAUCUGAAGAACACGAUCAAAAUCAUAACAACAAAAAGGAAAACAUAGAUGACACUGUCAUUAUAAACAAUAAAAAUGAGGCUGAUAGUUUAGAAGAUGUUUUAUCUGACGAUAUAGAAGAAGCAGACUUAGACAAAGCACAUAAAUUAAGCAGAGAAGCUGAAGAGGUGCUUCAAAAACUCAAACAAUUUUCAGAACAGCCUCCAGAGCCUAUCAUAGAAAAAGCAACAAACAUUAAAACAUCCCCAGUUACGGACAGAACAAAAGAGAACCAAGCAAAAGAACCCGAAUCACAUCACCGUAAACGUAAAUUAAGUUUAAGCAAAAGUGACGAACAUGCAAAACACGAGAAAAAAAUUAAAUUAGAACCAACAGUUAAAAAAUCUGAAAAGGUAGAUGUUGCAAGUCUAGUUGUCAAAUUGCUGAUGCCAUAUUAUAAGAAAAAGAAAAUCAGUAGUCGCGACCUUUUUAAAGUUACCGCCAGGCACAUUGUCCAUCAGCUCUUAGCUAUACAAGUAACUGAAGAGGCGGCUAUCAACUUAUUGUUAAAGAAAACAUUUAGUAGAGAUAUAAAAAUAAAGAAAGAAAGUGAUUUACCUAUUAAGCUGAACUUGAGUAAAGUUGUAUAGUAUAGUAUAGUAUACACAUAUUAUAUUUUACUGUUACGGAGGUAGAAACUCGCGCUAUUUAUACUCAAUUAACGCAUUAUCAUUUCAACUUAAACAGUUAAAUACAUUAUAUGUAAUAUAAAUUAUUAUUGUCUGUUUUUUCCCAGUGGUUCAAGAAAUAUUUUAAUAAAUAAUUACAUGAGAAAUUUG